AUGUUCAGAUCAGCUAUCCGUUCCGCCAGAAUUAAUGCUUUACCAAAAGCUUCAUUCACCAGCAAAAUGAUUCAACCAAUUCGUUUCUACGCUGUUGCUCCAAUUUCCAAAGAAGAAGUUACCAAAAGAGCUUUUGAAGCUUUAAAAACCGUUGCUGCUUUACAAGAAUCUAAAUUAUCAGCUGAAGCUUCAUUCCAAAAUGAUUUAGGUUUAGAUUCAUUAGAUACCGUCGAAGCUUUAGUUGCAUUGGAAGAAGAAUUCGAUUUAGAAAUCCCAGAUAAAAUCUCCGAUAACAUUAAAACCGUUGGUGAAGCUAUUGAUUACAUUUACGAAGAAGAAAAAAAUCUUUAA